CCGUGUAACCCUAUUCUCCUCUUCGCAUUCAGCCACUUUCAGCAGCAUCUCGUUUCUGGAGCUCCUCAGUCCUCCCUCACAUCCUCAUCCAAGUCAGAGUUCGUCGCCAGCUCCCGUCGUCUGUCGCCAGCUUCCUGUCGUCCGUCGAUCUCCGUCAAAUCUCCGCUCCCUGCCCUCGCCGAAGCCAUGGGAUUUAGAAACCUGGGGCUACUUGGAUCAUUUGCCAAAGAGGGGUUGGAAAAAGCAUUCUCUCUUGGAAAGUUCUUCUGUUUUCUACAUGUCACCGACACCUAUUUGGUCACCUUUGUUGUGACAUCUGGUCCCAGCAUGCUUCCCACAAUAGAUUUGAUCCCAACAAUGUUUUUGGGUGAAAGGAUCUCAACUAGAUUUGGUAAAGUUACUCGUGGAGAUAUUGUGAUUAUUCGCUCCCCUCAAAACCCUAGGAAGCUUAUUGCUAAACGAUUGGCUGGAAUGGAGGAUGAUACUGUUACAUACAUUUCUAACCCUGAUGAGCCUGAUAAGCAGGAAACUAUUGUGGUUCCAAAGGGUCACGUUUGGAUACAGGGUGAUAAUGCAUAUAAAUCCAAUGAUUCAAGGAAUUUUGGUGCUGUUCCUUAUGGACUUAUUCAGCACAGGCUAUUUUGGAGGGUAUGGCCAAUCAAAGGUUUUGGACCUUUCUGGAAACACUGAUGUGAGUGUACUCUAUGAUUCUCAAGUGAAGUUCAAUGAAAUUCAGCUUCACAAAUCCCCUUUUCGUUUCCCUCUCUCUCUCCUCUCUCUCUUCUCUUUCGAUCUCAUACCGUACAAUUUAUUCAAGUUCACUAGCUUUUGUAUCCUAAUUCCAUUGAUUCCAAUAUUAUGUUUCUAAGUUGCACAUUUGGAGCCUUAGGUGGCAAAAAAAUAAUACAAAAUAUACUAUCUUGUCAAAAGAUAACAAUGAGAUAAAUAGUUUAAAAUUUAACACUCCGGUAAAUAGAUCUAUGAUACUUGGGUUAAAAAAAAUCUCAUUGUCUAUGAGCAUUCUGUAAGUUAAAAUGCAUAAUUAAUAAUUAAUUUAUAACUUUUAUAGUUAGAAUUAUAAGCUCAAAUUUUUCAUAGUUACAAACAGCAAUUUACUGAAAUAUUGACUAUAACAAGUUUAACUUUAAAAUUUCAUGCUCAGUAUUAGAUUCUUUAGUUACCACACUAUGUCACUCAUAGUUCUUUACUUAUCACAUCUAUAUUAUUUUGUCUUCGUGUGACUUCAAUAUUAUGGGUUUAAACCGUUGAAAUAACCACUAAUAUAAUU